CAUCUGGGCAUGCAAGGCUGUGCUGUGUCCCUCAGGCCUCCCACCCAAUGGCUGGUGUCUGGGCCAGGUGCCAUCUCACAGAAUUACAAAAUCAGUUGGGUCAGAAAAGACCUCUGAAAUCAUCGAGUGCAACCCAUGACCUGACACCACCGUGUCAAUCAGACCAUGGCACUAAGUGCCAUGUCCAGUCUUUCCUUAAACACCUCGAGGGAUGAUGGUGACUCCAGCACAUCCCUCAGCAGCCCGCUCCAAUGUCUAAUCGUUCUUUCUGCGAAGAAAUUCUUCCUGAUGUCCAACUGAGACCUCCCUCGGUACAGUUUAAGACUCUAAGACAGUGUUCCUGCGAGUGUCCCUGGGCCAGGGAGAGGGGCUCCUCCCUCAGCAUGGAGCACACCCCACCAGGGAUGGCAUGGUAGGCCCAGCCUUUGGCACAGCCGAGGGAACCACAACUCUCCACCUCAAGCUGCCAUUGCCUUUAUCGCAGGCACUAUCUCCUCACAGAAGGGGAAAAUCUGUACCUGAGGAGCAGGACCUGAGCAGUGCUGUCUUGGUUGUGAGGAAGGACAAGUGAAAAUGAAGAAACUUGACUGGAGAAACAGACAAGGAGAUUGGGACAGCGACAAGGAGCAGCCCCAGCUGUGGCUGCAUCCUGCAGUUCAGGAUUGCAGAGUGCCCUGGCGCUUGAAGGCGCUGCUGAAUCAAACAUGAUUUUCCUGUCUUUAUCAGGAAACAUCCCUUCCAUGCUGCACACCUGGCUUCCCCACAUGGAUUUGCGUUUCUUAAAACUGGUUUGUACACGAUGUUUUUCCAAUAUAACGGUCAGGACUGAUGAAAUGAGCUGUGGAAGCCAUAACAGGGACAGCUCCCAGCCCACAGGGAUGAGGUACCAAUAGUUCCUCCAGCACCGCCCACAGCCAGACUGGCCCAAGCUGCCCAUGGACACCUCACACAGCUGUGCUGGGAGCUGCACGUGGGGUACAGGCACCCACAUGCCCUCGCUGGAUCAUCCCCUUGGCUUGUGUAUCAGAAAUGCAUUAAUUUCCUGCCUGGUUCCUCCUCACAGCUACAGAUGAGGAUGCUCAAUUUUCUCUUCACCUUGUUUAACUCCCAUCUGUAUUGAGACCAGAGACAGUCUUGAACUGUGUGGUGGCAAUGAUAUGGAUUCUGUAACAAAGAAAACAAGGCAAGAUGGAUCAGAAGUUACUGAAAGACUUAUUACAGAGACUGUAACCACAAGACUGACGUCCUUGCCACCCAAAGGAGGGAGCAGCAGUGGGCUCAAAACAUCAUCCCACACUGGAGGGAGUGGAGUGGAAAAGAGGUCUUACACCCAUGGCAGCAGCUACGUGACCUCAAGUGGAAGUGGUAGAUUGAAUUCAACAUCAUCAUCCUCUGGCUACAGACAAGCCCAGUCUCCCAGCUCUACUCUCACCAAAUCACCUGGCUCGACAUUUGAAAGGAAAACCUAUAUCAACCGCCAUGCAACUUAUGAAGGGAGCUCCAGUGCCAACUCUUCUCCUGAGUUUCCCAGGAAAGAUUUUGCAUCUACCUCCACAAGAGGGAGAAGCCAAAGUCGAGAGAGUGAAAUACGAGUCCGGCUGCAGAGCGCAUCUCCCUCUGGCAGAUGGACAGAGUUGGAUGAUGUGAAGCGUUUGCUGAAAGGAAGUCGAUCAGCCAGCUGCAGCCCCACACGAUCACCAUCAAGUACACUCCCGAUCCCAAAAAAGGCUGUGGUGGAAACAAAGAUGGUCACUGAGAGCUCUCAGUCAGUGUCAGGGACAUAUGAUACAACCAUACUGAAUACUGCCCUCCCUUCAUACAUGUGGUCCUCCACUCUGCCUGCUGGGUCUUCCCUUGGUGGAUACCAUAACAGCUCCUCCUUGAUCAACGCCAUGUCUCACUCCACAGGAUCAGUUUUUGGUGUUCCAAAUAACCUGGCUCCCAGCAAUCAUACUCUGAAUGCAGGCCUGAGCUCUUCCUCUACAGGAGGAACUGUCUUGAGCUCCCAGGGAGAUGACAUUUUACGCAAAGACUGCAAGUUCCUGCUGCUGGAGAAGGAGAAUGCCCCAGCAAAGGAGAUGGAGCUCUUGGUCAUGACAAAGGACAGUGGCAAAGUCUUCAAUGCCUCUGCCACUGGGCUUAAUGGAGGAUCCUUUGCAGAUGAUACCUUGAAGAAGGAGAAGCAGGGAUUUUCCUCCUCUUACGCUACAGAUACUGGCCUAAAAUCAGAUGUAAAUGGAGGACUGAAAUCCAUGCCAAAAAGGGACAAAGAAACUUAUGCAGAAAUACGAAGUGGUGACGUUGGGGGUGCAAUUGGAUCAGCACCAUCCUGGUGUCCCUGUGGUUCCUGCUGUACCUGGUGGAAAUGGCUCCUGGGUUUGCUUCUAGCCUGGUUGUUUCUCCUUGGAUUGCUCUUUGGACUCAUUGCUCUGGCGGAAGAAGUGAGAAAGCUGAAAUCUCGUGUGGAAGACCUGGAAAAAAUCAAUGGUGGCCUCCUGGCAAUUAACCAAGGGAAUUCAAAAUUAGAAAAGGAUGCUAGAAUAGACUUUCUUCAUGGUAUCUCACCCUCCUCGACCUUCCCUUAUGAAAAUGAAGAGUCAGUCUGGUUGAUGGUGAAGAGCAGACUGAACAAGGAAAUGGAACGAGGCUACUUCCGAGGGGAGAAAGGAGAACGUGGUGAGAAAGGUGACAUGGGAGUGCAAGGUCCCAAAGGAGACCGAGGACUUCCUGGUGUUCCAGGCAUUCCUGGUCCAAUUGGGCACCAAGGACCAGAAGGACCAAAAGGACAGAAAGGCAGCAUGGGUGAGCCUGGAAUGGAAGGUCCCAUGGGACAAAGAGGUCGAGAGGGUCUACCAGGGCCUCGAGGGGAGCCAGGACCACCUGGACUGGGAGAAAAAGGAGACAGAGGUGCUAUUGGUGAACCAGGUCCUCCUGGGCCUCCUGGACCCCCAGGUUCUGCUGGCCUAAAAGGUCUGAUGGGUUCUCCAGGCCCACAAGGUCCUCCAGGUCCUCCUGGCCUACAAGGAUUUAGAGGAGAAGCAGGUCUCCCAGGUGCUAAAGGUGAGAAAGGAGCCAGUGGACCUCCUGGACCCAAAGGUGAUCAGGGAGAGAAGGGUUCUCGUGGAAUGACAGGUGAACAAGGCUCAAGAGGAAUGCCUGGACCUCCAGGAGAGCCAGGGGCUAAAGGACCUGCAGGACAAGCUGGCCGUGAUGGACAGCCAGGUGAAAAAGGUGAACCAGGUCUUAUGGGAAUGCCAGGUGUCCGAGGCCCUCCAGGACCCUCUGGAGAUGCAGGAGAGCCAGGUCUCACAGGACCCCAAGGACCACCAGGACUUCCAGGCAACCCAGGCCGACCAGGGGCUAAAGGAGAACCUGGAGCUCCAGGAAAAGUCGUAAAUGCUGAGGGCUCAUCAACUAUUACCCUGCCAGGCCCACCAGGUCCCCCAGGCCCACCCGGCCCCACUGGACCUCCAGGUGUUCCAGGUCCUGUUGGCCCAGCUGGUCUCCCUGGACAGCAAGGUCCACGGGGUGAGAAGGGAUCCCCAGGUGAAGCUGUGGUAGAAACUAUCAGAACAGAAGUCUCGUCAUUAGCAUCUCAAAUGCUGGGAGAUUUACAAGGGCGAGCAGGACCACCAGGUCCCCCUGGACCACCAGGUGAAUCUGUGCAGGGACUCCCUGGACCUCGUGGUCCACCAGGUUUGCCAGGACCUCCAGGCCCACCAGGGAGACCAGGAUCUUCCAUGUCCACUUCAGAAGGAUUCUUCACGGGCCCGCCAGGUCCACCAGGACCACCAGGCCCGAAGGGAGACCAAGGCGAACGAGGUCCACGAGGACUCACGGGAGAACCAGGUGAACCUGGCCUUUCAGCAUUCUCCUCCCAUGGUGAAAGAGUCACCAUACAGGGACCCCCAGGCCCACCAGGCCCACCUGGACCAAAAGGUGAUGCAGGUGUCCCAGGCGCUCCCGGCAUCCCAGGAGCAUCUCGAGGAGGAUCCAGGCAAAUUCAGGGGCCCCCAGGACCUCCUGGGCCACCCGGUCCUCCUGGCCCAGGUGGAAGUUCAUCUCAAGAGAUUCAGCAGUAUGUCACUGACUACCUGAAGAGUGACAGUGUAAGACAUUAUUUGACUGGUGCCCAGGGCCCACCAGGCCCUCCAGGCCCACCUGGAGUUAUCACCACUGCAGAUGGGAUGACCCUGGAUUAUGCAGAGCUGGCUACCCGUGUUAUGAGCUAUAUGACAAGCUCUUCAGGUCGCUAUGAGUCAUUUGCCAGCUCAGCAUCAACUACAUCCAUUUUGUACCAAGAACUUCUGGACCUGCUGCAGCGAGAAGAAAUUCGUCGGUAUCUCAUUGGACCUCAGGGCCCACCAGGACCUCCUGGACCAGGGGGAGAUGGCACAUCUCUGUCGCUGGAUUAUGAUGAGCUGACCAGGCGGUUUAUCAGCUACUUGUCAAGUUCUGGGAUGAGCAUUGGACUUCCUGGACCACCUGGGCCUCCAGGGACUCCUGGUAUAUCCUACAGUGAGCUGACAGCAUAUCUGAGAAACUCUGAAUUCAGUGGAUUUGUUGGGCCCCCUGGUCCUGCAGGGCCCCCAGGACCUCCAGGGAUCCCUGGAACACCAGGCACCACUUUGGAGGAUGUCUCUGCCUACCUACAAAAUGUGGGAUACUCUUCCCAUUCUGGAGUCCGGGGCCCCCCUGGUCCUCCUGGCCCUCCAGGACCCCCAGGCUUCUCAGGAACUGGCCUUUUGUCCUAUGCUGACAUCACCCACAGCGAUGAGUUCAGGAGUGAGCUGAUCCAGUACCUGAAGAGUGAUGAAGUUCGAAGCUACAUCUCAGGGCCACCUGGGCCCCCUGGGCCACGGGGACCACCAGGACCCAAAGGAGACAGUGGCUUCAUGGCUGGGUCUCUGUCUUCAUCCUACCAAGGGUUACGGACUUCUGAGCGCUCGCAUGGAGGAUCCCUUGGUGCUGAGGGCUCCCACGGGGGGUCACUGGGCUCAGGCAGCUCAUAUGGCAGCUCCAUGAGCAGGAUGUCCUCUUACUCAGUGGGCAGUGAUGGCACUUACGGUGCCUCCAUGGGUGCUGAUGGGACUUACGAUGGGUUGCUGACAGAGGAGGAAUCCCACAGCAGAUCAGCAGGUUCGAGCAGAUCCUACAGCAACUCCUUCUCUGGUUCCCUGGAUUACAAUGAGCUGGCACUCCGUGUGUCAGAGAGCCUACAGAGCCGAGGUAUUCUUCAGGACCUGAUGUCUUACACUGCACAGGGACCUGCAGGUCCCCCAGGCCCUCCUGGUCCCCCUGGCAUCAGCAGGGUCUUUGCAGCCUAUGGCAAUGUCACUGAGGACCUCAUGGACUUCUUUAGAACAUAUGGUGCCAUCCAGGGGCCACCUGGUGAAAAGGGAGAGAGGGGUUAUCCUGGACCCAAAGGUGACCCUGGGCCAAUGGGCCCACCAGGACGACAAGGGCACAGGGGACCGAAAGGAGAGAAGGGAGAGAAAGGUGAACAAGUGUAUGUUGGCAGAAGAAAAAGAAGAAGUGUUGGGGUUUAAGGAAAGAGGCAGCUCAGUUCUGCACAGGGCAGCAAUCCCAGCAGCCUGUAGAGAAUUAGCCUGAGUCUUCACUGCCUUAAUGCUAAAAAGUCCUUGCCACUCAGCAGACCCCUUAGACUUGAUAGUUCAGUGUUGCUGCAGAGAUCUGAAUGUCUCCUGUA